GCUUUGAGUUGCCGUGUGCCGCGAUCCCUCGUGUCCUUGCCCGCGAUCCCAGUACCAGUGUAUAAUGCGAGGGGUGACACUGACACAAAGAGAAGACAGGCUGCCCUGCAAUUUUCGUAUACCUCUAUUGCCACUGUUGGCCUUCCCUAGCACUGUCGCUGCCAAGCCUGCCGUUUCGUGGGCCAUACCAAGGCAAGGAGCCUCUACUUUCCGCUUCCCUACGGUUUCGGUCCAGACACUUGUGGUGUACCGACCAUCUGGCCACCUGACUGUCAUCUGGUCCUCCUGCCUUCUAACCUGAGGUUCUGCUCCAUGGUCUGAAAAGCGGCCGUGAUCGCCGACUACUCCCCGCUCCACGUCUACGCAUUGACUUCUCGCUGUCUUGUGUCUGAUCUCCAGCCUUCGCAGUCGCAGCGCCACUCCCUUUGACUG